CUUCACACUCUCGUGUUGGAGUUCGUCGCACGGCUCGGUUUUUUCUUAAGGACGUGAAAACAUGAGAGACAUUGUGGCGAGAUAAAUACCACUAAUUUCUGGAGUCGCAGUGGAGAUUAAACUUUUUUGUUGCUCGUCAGUGCCGGGGUUACUUUGCUAACGCGGCUCCACAGCCCAUUUCCACGGGUUUUUUUUUCGCCGAGACGAGUUGCACCGCGUCGCGCGGGGAUUGUUGGGUCUGAUGCUUGACUGCCGCAAUGUUCAGUAAGAAGAAGAAGCAACGCAUCCAGAUCUCUGCACCCUCCAACUUUGAGCACCGGGUGCACACAGACUUUGAUGAGCAAGAGCAGAAAUUUGUGGGUCUGCCGCGCCAAUGGCAGAGCCUGAUCGAGGACACGGCCAAGCGGCCCAAGCCUUUUAUCGAUGCCACAGUAAUAACCACUGUGGAGCCACGUAAGACCAUUGUACGUGGCAGUAAGAUUGGUGUGGAUGGCUCGCUCACCUGGUUGUUGGAUGAGUUUGAGACCAUGUCAGUGACUCGUUCCAACUCCCUGCGCCGUGGUAGCCCCCCAGUCCAACCCCGGCGCGAUUCUGGCUCCUCUGGUAGUGGUGGCCAGGAGAAUGGGGACUCUUUCUAUCGGCCACAUGGCCAUGAAGAUCACCAUGGCGACAUGCGGGAGAGCAGGGAGAGACCAACACAUGACAACACAGGAGGCGGUUCUCGACCACCCCAGCGGUCAGGCCGUACGCACGGCGAAGACAGCCGCCCUCAGCAGCAGCCCCGAGGGCAGGAGCCGAGACGCCAUCGAGAUCGGGAACCAGCAGGCCACCCACCUCCGCCGCCUCCUCACAGAGAUAGGGAGCCCCGUAACCAACAGGACCAGGUGGUGAGACGGGAAGGGGCUGCUGAUAAGCGGCCCAAGUCAAGCUACACAGGCCGGGACACAAGCCCUCAGUCUCCUCGGGACAAAAGACCCCUGUCAGGUCCCAACAUCCGUAGCCCAAAUCUACCUGUCACAGAGGGCGUGAUGAAAACUGCACAGCAGACUGGCCGGCCCUUCAAUACGUACCCCCGCAGCGACAGUGACUCCAGCAGGAGCCCCAGUCACCAGGACCUGAAACCCAACAGACCUCAUGAAGCCCUGCCCCACAAUGGGCCUUCAAGUGGACCUGUUAGGGCUGGCAGUAGUGAGUGCAGGCCCUCCCAGGGGCAACCAAAAGGAGAGCCCCAGAAGCAUCAUUCUUCUCAUCCCAUCCUGGGUCCUGAACCGCAGGCUUCGCAUGCCCCGGUGCCUCGACACCCUGGACCCUCAUCGCAGACCCGCUCGCCCCAGCGAGAGCCCCAGCGUGUUUCGCAUGAGCAGUUCCGUGCUGCCCUGCAGAUGGUGGUGGAUCCUGGUGACCCACGUACCUACCUGGACCACUACAUCAAGAUUGGCGAGGGGUCCACGGGCAUAGUGUGUAUUGCCACUGUUAAAAGCACAGGCAAGCUGGUGGCAGUCAAGAAGAUGGACCUGAGAAAACAGCAACGUCGAGAGCUACUCUUCAAUGAGGUUGUCAUCAUGCGGGACUAUCACCAUGAAAAUGUGGUGGAGAUGUACAACAGUUACCUGGUUGGAGAUGAGCUGUGGGUUGUCAUGGAAUUCCUGGAAGGAGGUGCUCUUACUGACAUUGUGACGCACACCAGGAUGAAUGAAGAGCAAAUUGCCACCGUAUGUCUGUCUGUCCUGAAGGCGCUGUCUGUCCUGCACUCGCAGGGCGUCAUACACCGGGAUAUCAAGAGCGACUCCAUCCUGCUGACACAUGACGGCAGGGUGAAGCUCUCGGACUUUGGAUUCUGUGCCCAGGUGUCCAAAGAGGUUCAGCGUCGCAAGUCACUCGUAGGGACACCUUAUUGGAUGGCCCCAGAGCUCAUAUCCAGACUGCCUUACGGACCCGAGGUGGACAUCUGGUCUUUGGGAGUGAUGGUGAUAGAGAUGGUGGAUGGAGAGCCCCCUUACUUCAACGAGCCACCUCUCAAAGCCAUGAAGAUGAUCCGAGACAACCUUCCACCCAAGCUCAAAAACCUCCAUAAGGUUUCUCCUCUCCUUAAGGGCUUUCUGGAUCGAAUGCUAGUGCGAGAUCCUGCCCAGAGAGCCACUGCCAGCGAGCUCCUGAAGCACCCAUUUUUGACCAAGGCAGGGCCCCCUUCAUGCAUUGUGCCCCUCAUGCGACAGAACCGAAUGAGAUGAGGUUGAAAUCAGCUGGUGCCACACUCUUCCUGGGGUCACAUCGUAAUAGAUGCAGGUUAAAUUACCAAUUAAUGCUGGAGCCCACAGAGAGAUGUGGUGCAUUUGUGAUGUGAUUUCAACAUGCUGUUACCUUUCCUUCUGUGGUCAGACAUUUUAAAGUAUAGAAAAAUGAUGGCUGAAUGUCAGGACUUUGGAAAGGAGUAUUUUGAAAACACUUUGCCUUCUAACGGUUUGGCUUUUCUUGUUUUUUGUUCCUCAUACUUCGCUGAGGACUGUAUGAGGAAUUAGAUUUUUCUUGUUGCACAAUGUUUAAGGAGUGUAGAGUGCAUGCCUUUGACUCUUGCCUCUCUCUCCUUGGUAACUCCAGAGCCACAUUACAGUAUAGCAGGUUUUGCUGUGUGAAUCGAACAGGUCCCCUGCCCUGUUUAACAGAUGUACAGGUCCAGUGCUGAGCAACUUUGUGGACUAGUUGGUAAGAGAUGGGUAGAGAAAGUUUUAGAAGUCUGCUGGAACUCUGUGUAUCUCAUAAGUGAAACAAAAUUCAUCUCAGUGGAAGGUGGGACACCUGUCAGUGUCUGCGCACUACUGCUCAGCUGCGGAGACAGAACAGCUUUCCAUUGAUGUACUACAGAGCUACAGUGAGACGUGCUACUGAAGGACCACACUUUAUGACACUAUGAACUUUUUUAUGAGAAUAAGUUCUUGCUUCCUAUUAUGUACACUAAGCAGAGAUAAACACUGGAUUUUUUAGUUUUUUGUAUAAAUAUGAUAAAUAUAUACUUCAUUUUGUGGUUACAGUUAGCUGAUUGAAGCACUGUGUAUAGAGAUAGAGGCUGCACACCCUUUUAUUACAACACAGGAAAUCAAUAUUUUUUUUUUUUUUUUUUUUUUUUUUUUUUUAAAUAGAAAUGACAAAAGAUCCUUUUACAUUUUCUGGGUUUUUAAUAAGCAGGGGGCUGGGAUUAAUUUAUUUUUUUUUUAAGUAACUUAUCACUGACACUGUAUGCAUAAAGCCUGAUGCAUUGCCCUGCUCCUCUUUAAGAGCAGUGGCCACACAAUUGCUGGAAUAUCUGUUAUGAAGAUGCCUCACAGGGUCAGGUAAAUGACAGCCCACUAUUUUUGAUAGUCAACCUGCCUUACUGGGCGUUUCUAAGGAAGAAUUUCUGGAGAAGGGUGCAGACCACAUGAAUGUAUAACAGAACUAUAGAAUAUCCAUGCAAGGCCAUGAAGAGAAAGUGGGGAUACUUUAAAGGUGCAAAGAACCCAGCACCGUUUGAGUAGCGCUGGCCUGAAUUGUCAUGUGGCAAAGCACCAGGACAUCAGGAGAACUGACACCUGCCCUUAGUAUACGCAUCACAUUGUUGGAUGAAUGUGUGUAUGCAGAUACAGCAAGUUAAAACAACCUGAGCCAGGAGCCAUUCGCAUAACACUAACAGAAUCAGUAAGGUGUAUUUGUAUGAAGA